GGUUAAACUGGGCCCGGGCCGGGGUUCGGGACGGUGCGGCUUGCAAGUGACCUCAGGAAGCCGGCGGCGGGAAGCCAUGCCGUCGCGGGUGGAGGACUAUGAAGUGCUCUACACCAUCGGCACCGGUUCCUACGGCCGCUGCCAGAAGAUCCGGAGGAAGAGCGACGGCAAGAUACUAGUCUGGAAAGAGCUUGAUUAUGGCUCCAUGACAGAAGCCGAGAAACAGAUGCUUGUUUCUGAAGUGAAUUUGCUUCGUGAACUGAAACAUCCAAACAUUGUUCGAUACUAUGAUCGAAUUAUUGACCGAACCAACACAACACUGUACAUUGUAAUGGAAUAUUGCGAAGGAGGGGACCUGGCAAGUGUGAUCACUAAAGGAACCAAGGAAAGGCAGUACUUAGAGGAAGAGUUUGUUCUUCGAGUGAUGACUCAGUUGACACUGGCUCUGAAGGAGUGUCAUCGGCGAAGUGAUGGCGGCCAUACCGUGCUGCAUCGGGAUCUGAAACCAGCCAAUGUCUUCCUGGAUGGCAAGCAGAAUGUCAAGCUUGGAGACUUUGGGCUAGCGAGGAUAUUAAAUCAUGAUACAAGUUUUGCAAAAACGUUUGUCGGCACGCCUUACUACAUGUCUCCUGAACAAAUAAAUCGCAUGUCUUACAAUGAGAAAUCAGAUAUCUGGUCAUUGGGUUGUUUGCUGUAUGAACUGUGUGCAUUAAUGCCCCCGUUUACAGCUUUUAACCAAAAAGAACUGGCUGGGAAGAUCAGAGAAGGCAAAUUCAGGAGAAUUCCAUAUCGUUACUCUGAUGAAUUGAAUGACAUAAUUACAAGGAUGUUAAAUUUAAAGGAUUACCAUCGACCUUCUGUGGAAGACAUUCUUGAGAACCCUUUGAUAGUGGACUUGGUUGCAGAAGAGCAAAGAAAAAAUCUUGAGAGGAGAGGGCGACGAUUAGGAGAGCCUGAAAAGUUGCAGGAUUCCAGCCCGGUAUUGAGUGAAUUGAAGCUAAAGGAAAUGCAGUUACAGGAGCGAGAGCGAGCCCUCAAAGCCCGUGAGGAAAGGCUGGAGCAGAAGGAACAUGAACUUUGCAUCCGAGAGAGACUAGCUGAAGACAAACUGGCCCGAGCAGAAAGCCUGGUGAAGAACUACAGCUGGCUGAAGGAGCAGAAGUUCCCGUCUCUGGCGAGCAGGCCAGAGCUGCUUGAUCUUCCAUCCUCAGUAAUGAAGAAGAAGGUUCAUUUCGGUGGGGAAAGUAAGGAGAACAUGAGGAGCGAGGCGUCGGAGAGUCAGCUCACCUCCAAGUCCAAGUGCAGGGACCUGAAGAAGCGGCUCCAUGCUGCCCAGCUGCGGGCCCAAGCCCUGUCAGAUAUUGAGAAAACCUACCAACUGAAAAGCAGACAGAUCCUGGGCAUGCGCUAGCCCGGCACCGAGCCCGGAGCCCGGUAUGGGCUUACUAUCGCCAACCCUUUAUAAAGAUUCAUAUUUAACUGCUCUAGCUUUAUAUUCUGUGAGCCACACCCCUUUUACCUAGCCAGUGACAUUUUGGAAUGGCUUUUGUUCUUUUCAGCGACAGCUGUACAAGAUGUUCACAUCAUUAAUUUCUCUCUCUCUCUCUCUCUCUCUCUCUCUCAGAGUGAUAUUGUCUUGGGUGGUUGGGCUUUUAAUCUGUGAUUACUACUAGGAAUGACAUACAUUCUAGAUCUAAGAGGUAAAUAAUGUUUGAAGAAGAAAACACCCAUGCACAGCACUCGCUUAGAUGUUUGAAAUGACUGAGUGGGAGGCUGUCAAUUAUUGUGUCCAGUUGUCAAUUGCAUGUCUGAUUUCAAAUGUGCUUGAACAUAGAAAACCUUCACUGGAUAUAAAAUGGUCACUAGUACCAAGACAUCUUGUGUAUACAUAUUCCAUUGUAGGACAUAUCUGUUGCCUUUCUGAAAUUUUAUUACUGUGAUGUCCAUAUUCUUCCUUUUUAAUUCUAUUUAAUAGUAUAUGAACUUGCUGUCAUUAACCUCUUUCCCAACAAAUAAAAAAAUUCUUUAGUUUUCCUA